AUGAGUUGGAAGACUUCCAUCCCCACACACCCGGCCAUAGCAGGACCUUCAAAAAAUAAUGAACCACCUCCCACCUCUCCUUUACCAAUUAUGAUAUUACCUGACCUUUUCACACAGAAAGUUGGAAAAUCCCCUUCUUCAACCAAACUGACACUUUUUUCAUCACCUCAAAGUUUUAAUGAGGUAUCUUCAUCAUCUGAUGAAUACACAACGGCUGAUUCAAAAGACAAAGAGUCAGCAGAGAAUAUUAAAUCAUCAUCUCCCCAUUUACCAAUUGUAUUGUUAGAUCUUUUCAAUGGGAAAAAUUAA